AACCAGAGCCGUAACAUGGCUCGACUACACUCACGAUUUCAAAUCACUAAUGCAUUUUUGUUAUUUUUAUUAACAUUAGAAGUGCAGAGCAAACAUGUGACAAAAAGAAGCUUAACAGACGUGAAGUGUCACGUAAAUGGUAGAUUCUACAGGAAUCCGGACCGCAUCGAUGAUCUCGUAUGGACCAAUGAAGAAUGCGCAAAAUAUUAUCUUUGUGUAGACGGCGAUGUAUUUGAGUUCCAUUGUUCCCAAGACUUGCUUUUUGAUGUCAACCGACAAUUAUGCGACAAGCGUCACAAUGUGCAUAACUGCGACUUAACAACCGAAACUCGCGUACCAAAACCCUUGUUGGUUGGAGCAAGAUGCGCGAAUGAAACGCACCUAGGUUGCGCCGACGGCACAUGCCUGCCGGCAGAAUACUUCUGUGACGGGUCCAUAGACUGCGACGACUCUUCUGAUGAGGGUUGGUGUGACGUCCACUACGAUCCCAAUGCAGCAGAGCCGUGCGACACCAAGAUGUGCCAAUUGCCAGAUUGCUUUUGUUCCAGAAAUGGUACUGAAACUCCCGGGAAUCUCGUGCCAAGUCAAACUCCUCAAAUGAUCACGUUGACAUUCGACGGUCCCGUAAACCACGAGAACUGGGAGGCGUAUGGCAAACAGCUGUUUACUGCUGAGAGGCGGAACCCCAACGGGUGCCCCAUUAAAGCUACUUUCUUCGUAUCCCACCUCUACACUAACUAUAGACAUGUGCAGAAACUAUGGAACGAUGGACAUGAAAUCGCUAUCAACUCUAUAACGCACCGAGGUCCAGAAGAAUGGUGGUCUAAAAACGCUACUGUAGAAGACUGGUUCGACGAAAUGGUUGGUCAAGCGAACGUUAUCAAUAGAUUUGGUAGAGUUCGCAUGGAAGACUUCAGAGGUCUUCGAGUGCCAUACUUAUCAGUAGGCUGGAACCGGCAAUUCCUAAUGAUGCAGGAAUUCGGCUUUGUGUACGACGCGACUGUGGUGGCUCCACUUGCCGACCCUCCCUUCUGGCCAUACACUCUCGAUUACAAGAUGCCCCAUAAAUGCACAGGAAAUAACCAAUACUGUCCUACUAGGAGUUAUGCCGGUUUAUGGGAAAUGGUCAUAAAUCCACUAUUAAAUGGUGGACACAUCUGCGCCACAUUGGAGUACUGUCCCUCAACUCUGACUGGUGAAGAUGUCUACAAUGUCCUAAUAAACAACUUCAAAAGGCAUUACCUAAAAAACAGAGCACCUUUUGGUAUACAUCUUAGUUCUACGUGGCUGAAGAAUAAUAACUACACAUUUGCUUUGAAGGCAUUUUUAGAUGAGCUAUUAAAACUACCAGAUGUAUAUUUUGUCACAUACAAAGAAGUUAUUGAUUGGAUAAAACGGCCCACUCCUGUACUGCAACUCAAAAAGUUUGAGCCAUGGCAAUGCAAGCAAAAACAAUUUGAAAAUAAUGAAAUAGCAUGUAGUAAACCAAAGACGUGUAAAUUACCUUCAAAAGUACUACAGCAUGAUAAGUAUAUGAUAACAUGUAUGGACUGUCCCAAAAGUUAUCCAUGGAUACGAAAUGAAUUUGGCUUUGAUUGAAUUAUCAAGUAGCACCACUACAGGUGUUAUAUGAUAGGUGUAUUAGUUACCAUAACUUAAUUUUUUAUAUAAAAUAAAAAUUUAAGUACAUGUUUAAAUAAUCAGUAUUGAAAUACUUGUUUUCUAUUUUUUUUUUAAUUUAAUUUGACAAUGUGUGCAAUAAUUUAUUAAAUAAAUUAUAUUU